CUUCUUCCUCCUCUUUACUCUUCAAAGUCUCCACCACACACUUCUUCUCCAUUAAAACUCCUUUCUCACAUCUCUCAUAAACACCCAAAGAGCAAAAAAGAGAGAGAGAAGAAACUCACAAUGGCCACUCCCUUCUCUACCUUGACACCUUUUCUUUUCAUACUCCUUCUCUCCAUCCCUAUCGUUCUUGGCGCUUCUCAUCACCACACUGCGGCUCCAGCUCCUGCCGUAGACUGUUCGAUGCUCAUACUCAACAUGGCUGAUUGUUUGUCUUUCGUUUCCGCUGGAGGCACGGAGGCUAAGCCGGCUAGUUCGUGCUGCAACGGGCUUAAGACGGUGCUCAAGACCGACGCAGAGUGUCUCUGUGAGGCGUUUAAAAGCAGCGCUUCUCUAGGCGUUACCUUGAACAUGACUAAAGCAACUACACUUCCCGCUGCAUGCAAGCUUCACGCUCCUUCUAUCGCUGCUUGUGGAUUGUCCGUCGCUCCUACUAUGGCUCCAGGUCUUGCUCCAGGAGGAGCUGUUGCAGCUGCUGGACCCGACUUAGUUAAUGUUCUAGCUCCAAACCCAUCUCCAGGGAACGACGGAUCUUCCUUGGUUCCGAUCUCCUUCACCACCGUACUCAGUGCUGCGUUCUUCCUAUUGUUCUUGUCUCGUGUCUGAAAAAAGCCUUAUUCACCAGCUAGAUUUGGUUGUAUGAAAUGGCUUUGGGUUUUCAUGACUUUAGUUUUGCGUGUCUUUUGAGUCUUCUGUGUUCAGACCAUGUCGGUUUCUGUUCUUAGUUUUACUCUUAAUUAUGUUUCCAUUGGUCCUUUAUAAGAGCAUCUCUGAUUACUCUUAUAUUGAUGGUUAUUAAAUUUCUAGUUUUCCUAAGCAAUUUCUUUGGUUAAA